UUGACUUUUCAGUUAUUCAGCUUGUGAAUUUUGAAUCAAAAUGAGCACAAAACAGAAGUUAAAAAAACUGGCGGUUAUUGUGUUUUUAAAAAGGCGACGUUUAUUUCAUCAAAAAUUAAAAUUAUUAUUGCUUAAAAUAAUAAAAAAUCAACAAACUAUAAAUACACUUUUUAACAUAAACGCGAACUUCAUGGCAACGAUACCAUUGUCUAUACCCGCUGCAAUUGACACCGGACAGUUGCAGGAAUUCGAUCGGAAUAGAAGCUUUUGGGAACAAGAUGUACCAGCAAUGAACGAUAACAAGUUCAAACAAAAUUUCCGCCUCAGCAGGCAGUCCUUCAGUAAAAUAUGUAGAAAAGUACAAAUGGUAGUUGAUUCGGAUAACAAUGUAAGACCUUACAUUGGACUGGGCAAAAAAGUGGCUAUUGCUUUAUUCGCGCUUGGCUCUUCAGCAAAAUAUAAGACUGUUGCAAGUUUAUUUGAAGUAAAACAAAGUACUGUCAAUGAAAUUGUGUUAGAUUUCUGUAAUAGGGUUUGUAAUAUACUUCCACACUGCAUUUCCUCAUAUCCACCUACCACAGAAGAAAUUAAGGAAACUGUUGAAGGUUUUUCUCAACUUGGUUUCCCACAAUGUUUUGGAGCCUUUGAUACCUGCCAUAUAGAAAUUCAGCCGAGUAAGGAAGAAGCUAUCGAUUACUGUAAUAAUAAAGGCUGGUAUUCAGUGAUUUUGCUUGCUAGUUGCGAUCAUAGGUCAAAAUUUACAUACAUUAAGGUUGGAGGUGCGGGAAGAGAGAAUGACUUAUAUAUUUUUGAAAAAAGCUCUUUAAAAAAAUUUCACGAAGCAAGUAAAAUCUUUACUCAGCACUCCAAAUUAAUAGAAAGCGUUAGGGUACCUCUGUUACUUAUUGGCGAUUCCGCGUUUCGUUUAUCACCUCAUUUUAUGAAACCCUACCCAUACAAACUGCAACAGUCAAUUCCAGAAAAACAGUUUAAUAACCGACUAAUGAGGUGUCAUAGUGUAAUUGAAAAUGCGUUUCUACAGCUAAAAUCACGCUUUCGUAAAAUAGGCAGAGGCUUGGAAGUCGAACCACAAGCUGCCAAUCUCAUUAUAAGAGCGUGCUGUAUUUUACAUAAUUUUUUAAAAAUAGAGAAAGAUGAGGUGAAAUCAAUAUGGAUGAGGAAUGCAAAGAAGCAAAUGGCUGCAUCUCCUACCCAACCAAAUUACAAAACAAACGCAGGUGAAAAUAAUGUGGAGGCAAUAGCUAUUAGAGAUGCGAUUGCGUUGAGUUUUCCAGACCUGGAGGAUUCAUCACUAUCUAGCGAUGGUAACUCCCAUGUUUUUGGUGAUAAAGGCGAAGCAAUCUCAACUGGGCUGCGUUCACCAGAGUUUAAAGAAGAGCUCUAUAAAAUAACAUAA